ACCUAACCUAACCUAAUACCCACUUAUUUUCUUUGAAAAAGACUCCAGCUAAAAUUUCCAAUUAUGCAGGAGUAGAGAAACUUCGCUAGGAGUGUUUUGGCGAUUUCUUUAUGUUUCUUCUUUUCUUGCACCUUCCCAUAUUUAAAUGGCUGCUGCACUACACAAGCACCUUCCUCCACCUCCUUUGAAGGCUGACCUUGAUGCAUUCAAAUACCGACUAAAUUCCUUACAUUUGUUUCCUAUAAAUAAAUUCCUCUCUCCCAUUUCAUUCUUUGACAAACUCCUGCAAAUAUUUGUAUCUUUCCGUUUUGCCUUCUUUCCUAAGCUAAAAGCAUAUUUCAUUUCCUCUAGUUGGAAGAGAACAAAACUUAAAACUUGUAUUUUUUUUUUUCUCGUAUUCAUAUAGUCGGCCAUGGCUCAAGAUAAAUCAAGCUUCUUGAUAAACCAGCAUAAAGCAUCAUAUAGUGAUAUAUCAUUUACAUUGCUGGACAUUCUUUUAUUUGGUGUGUUUUGCAACAAGUUCAGUGGCGUACAGAAAUUUUUUUCAAGAUUUUGGUUCUAUAUUAUAUCCCAACUUAGUUUCAGUAAUUCCAAGGUGUGGGAAGAGAAGAAAAAUCAAGAUUCUUUUUCUUGCUUUGAUAACAAGAUAGAUGAUAGGAACAUCAGCAGGGAAGAGGUGGAGAUGGUGAUGGGUAAUUUAGGACUUUUAUGCAGAGCAGAAAGCGAGAAGCUUAAGGAUUCGAUGGGUUUUGAUGAGCUUUCACAGCUGUUUGAUGACAAGGAACCAAGCUUAGAGGAAAUAAAGGAAGCUUUUGAUGUUUUUGAUUAUAACAGAGAUGGGUUUAUUGAUGCAGAAGAGUUGCAGAGAGUCCUCUGCAAAUUGGGAUUGAAAGAAGGGUUUAAGCUGGAGAAUUGCAGAAAAAUGAUCAGAGCAUCCGAUGAAAAUAAAGAUGGAAGGAUAGAUUUUAGAGAAUUUGUAAAAUUCAUGGAGAACAGCUUUUACGCUGCUUGAGAAUAUCAAAAGCUCACAAUUUUAAACAUCUUGCA